CAACAACAUAAGUUUAGUUUAUCACCGGUCUUUAAGCAGUUAAUAUGACUAUCCGCUGGGGCAUCGUAAGCGCGGCGAAGAUCGCCAACGACUUCGUCAACGCUAUGAACAGCUUCCCCGGCAAGGGAGACCAAGCUGUCGUCGCCAUCGCCGCAAGGGACCGGAGCCGCGCCGAGGCGUUCGCGAAGACACACAACAUCCCUACGGUGUUCGACUCUUAUCAGGCUAUGGCGGAGAGUGAGGGGGUUAUCGAUGUCGUCUACAUCGGCACUCUCAACCCCGACCACUAUCCCCUCGCCAAACUGUUCCUCGAGCACGGCAAGCACGUUCUCUGCGAGAAGCCCCUCUGCCUCAACCUGAAGCAAGCCCAGUCCCUCAUCAACAUCGCCAGGAAGAACAAACGCUUCCUAAUGGAAGCCGUGUGGUCGAGAUUCGCGCCCGCGUAUUUGGAGCUGGAGAAGGAGAUUGCGUCUGGGAAGUUGGGGGAGGUGAAGAGAGUGGAAGUGAAUUUUGGAGUGCCAUUGUUGGAUGUUGCUAGGCUGAACAAAAAAGCCAUGGGCGGCAGCACAGUCCUAGACCUUGGAGUAUACGUCCUCCAAUUCGCGCAACUGAUGUUCAAGGACGAGCCGACCAAGGUCACAGUGGUCGGAGAGACGAAUGACGACGGCGUGGACAUCGGCGAGACCAUCAUCCUGGAGUACUCGGGCGGGCGGCGCGCCGUGCUCAAUGCGGACGCGACCGUCAAGAUGUGGAACAAGGCUACCGUCACCGGCACCAGAGGACGUGCUACGGUCGAAGAUCCAUUCCACUUCCCUGAAACCCUGAUUCGUGCUGACGGUACAGUGGAGGCGUUCAAACUGCACGACUCCAAGUUACCUUACAACUUUGGCAACAGCGCGGGACUUGUGUACGAGUCGCUAGAGGUCGCCCGGUGUAUUAGAGAAGGUCUGUUGGAGUCUCCGCGCAUGAGCCACAGAGAGAGUCUCAUUCUGGCCAAGCUCGAGGACACCGUUCGAAAACAACUGGGAGUGCAUUACGACGUCGAUGACCAGGAGUUUUAAAAUAUGUAUCUCCCACAAGGCGGAUAGUAUGGAAUCAUUUCAACUGAGCUAAUGCACUUAACCGUACUAACAAUGGCAUUGUGUUAUUACAAUACUAUUAUCUGCUUUUGUUCUCGUAGCCGCCAACUAGUUACUUACAAAAUAAGUUAGAAGUGCAUUGCCUGUAUAUUAAAUUUUUAACCUUAUUCCUUGUUGAAUGGGGUUAAAAUGGUCUAAAAAAUGGUUUUCUACAGAGUGCAUUCGUUUUGGGUGUUCAUUCAUUUAGUUAGACUACAUAGUCUAUUGUUAAAAAAAAUAGAGUCGUUAAUCUAUACUAACAUUUCAAGGCGGUUAUAAUCUGCUUUUACUACGAGGUAGUUAUCCUAAUUUGUGGUUUACCACUCAAUGGCAUUGUAUUCUUGAGACUCUUUGAGUAAACAGGUAAGUGCAUGAGCUCAGUUGAUAUGAUUCCAUCUAUACUGUUUAGCGAUCAAAACUGAACCAUAUCACCGACAGGCAAGGCUUAUUUAUCGUAUACUAGAAAAACUGGCCUAGUGCGAGUCGGAAUCGCGUUCCAAGGGGAAUGUAUUAUAUGUGAAACGUGAGUGGAAUAAUAUGUUCUGGGUCUUGGCGGCAGUUAGAAUAAAAAAAUUGACUAUUAAAAGCUUAACUUUUAUUUUUGUACUUAUUAUCAUAUUUUUCUUACACUUUAAUAUAUGUGGUUAUCAAACAAAACCGUAUUCAAAAUAACAUACAGCUCAUAAUAACUUAAUUUUAUGUCUUUAACCUUUUAACCGUUGCAUUGAGAUGGCAUUUUAAUUUGUUAAGU